CGUACCAUGGAUUCAAGUGUGGGCAACGUGAAGGCAGCCAGACGGAGCAAAGAGGAGAAGAAACUUCUACGAAAACAAAUAAAAGCGAGCCACACUUUACUGAGGCAUGAGGGCAUCGGCACAGUGUCGCAGCCCACCAAGAGUUUGGUUGUGGCGAAUGGCGGGCUGGGGAACGGGGUGAGUCGAGAGCAGCUGUCUGCAGCGCUGAAAGAGAUGGGAGAGGUGGAGACCCUGGUCAUGCCUCCUCACAAACCCUACGCCUUCGUCACAUACAGAUCAGAGGAGAGCGCUCAGAAAGCCCACGUCCACCUUAACGGUCAACACAUGGAGUGUGGAGAGAACAGUGUCACGCUGUACCUCAGCUUUGUCAACUCAGUAGCCUGUCAGGCGGAGGUGUGUGUCUCUUUGCCAGAGGGUUUAGUUUUGGUGGAGGACUUUGUGUCUGCAGAAGAAGAAGCUCUGCUGCUAGCUGCUGUUGACUGGUCGUCCACUAAUGAUGAUGUCACCGCUCAGAAAGCUCUGAAGCACAGGAGAGUGAAACAUUACGGCUAUGAAUUUCGCUACGACAACAACAAUGUAGACAAAGACAAGCCAUUAUCUGCAGGCCUUCCUAAAGAGUGUAUGCACAUACUGGAGCGGUGUGUGAGGAACGGACACAUCGACAUCAUGCCAGACCAGCUGACUGUCAACCAGUACCAGUCAGGACAGGGUAUUCCUCCCCAUGUGGACACUCACUCUGCCUUCGAGGACACCAUCCUCUCCCUCAGCCUGGGGGCCAAGGCCGUGAUGGAGUUUCGUCACCCUGAUGGGCGUGUGGUUCCUGUGGUGUUGCCAGAACGGAGCCUCCUGGUGAUGAAGGGCGAGAGCAGAUACCUCUGGAGCCAUGGGAUCACUCCUAGGAAGUUUGACAUGGUGCCAGCGUGCGACCCACAAUCCCCGGCUGUCAUAACUUCUGACCUCAGUUACAAUAGCAGCCUCACCUUGAACAAGAGGGGCACCCGCACUUCUCUCACCUUCCGGAAGAUCAGACAUGCGCCUUGUUGCUGUGCCUUCCCCUCGGCCUGCGACAGCCAGGGAGCUCCCUCAGCCCCUUUGCCCUCUCCUCCAUCCCCGCCUUCACUGCCCCGUUGCCAUGCCGAUGCAGCCCGCCUGGAGGAAGAGUACGUGCACCGGGUGUAUGACGCCAUCGCUUCCCAUUUCAGCAGCACCCGCCACUCCCCCUGGCCCCGCGUAUGCCACUUCCUGUCCUCGCUGCCACCAGGAAGUGUGCUGGCCGAUGUUGGCUGUGGGAACGGAAAAUACCUGGGCAUCAACCCGAAAGUGAUCGCAGUGGGCUGUGACCGCAGCAGUGCCUUGGUCCAGAUCUGUGCAGAGAGGGGUUACCAGGCGUUUGUGUCAGAUGCGCUCAGUGUCCCUCUACGAACAGCCACCUGCGACGCUUGUAUAUCUAUAGCUGUUAUACACCACUUUUCCACACAGGUGCGCCGGCUGGCUGCAGUGAGGGAGCUGGUGCGGUUGCUCAAGCCUGGAGGUCGAGCUCUCAUUUACGUCUGGGCCCUUGAACAAGAAUACAACCAGCAGAAGUCCAAGUACCUCAAAGACUAUGACAAAGAGCAUGCUGAGAACCACCACAUCCCAACAGACAGCGCAUUAGAAGACAUCAAAGAGGCAGGGAACCACAGCUGCUUAGGCCAUGUAUCAGAGGGAAACCAGGUGCCUGAUGGGAAGUUGAGUGUGCAUAUUAAUCGCACAGCCUUCAAUGCUCAGGAUCUUUUGGUGCCCUGGCAUCUGAAAGAGGGAAAAGGAAAAAAAGGGGAGAAAGAGGCAGGAGAGGACGGAAAGAAGAGUAAAAGGAAAGGGAGGUCCAAAAAGACUUCAGAUAACUUCUCCAGCUCCAAUCCUAACUCCUGCGCUAAAUUCACUGCAGGGUUAGAUUCUGACCGAGCCACAGCCUCCGACCCAGACCCCGUUUCCAACUUGGACUCUGAACCUAAAUCCAGUCCAGGUUUGGACUCUGAGCCAGCUUCUGGUUCGAAUCUUGAUGUUAGUGAUACUGCUCCCAGAUCAGAUUCCAGGUCAACAGCCUGUCUGGCCCCUGACACUGUUCAGGACUUCAGCUCCGGGCCACAGUCAGAGCCUGAGUCCAGUCCAGCCGCAGUUUUCCACCGCUACUACCACGUGUUCCAGCAGGGGGAGCUGGAGCAGCUGUGUGGUCAGGUGUCUGGGGUUAAAGUGCAGAGCAGCUACCACGACCAGGGCAACUGGUGUGUCAUGUUGGAGAAAGACUGAAAAAGACAAGACAGACACCAUCAAGGAAACUGGUCUGUCAUGCUGGAAAAGUCACUGGUUUUCCUUUUCUGGCUGUCUGCAGUCAGGGAACAUCAGUAAAAGUAAGAAGUUCUACAUUUCAGUCUGUGCAAUAUUAAAAACGUCUGUGUCACCAACAGUUUUUUGCUAAAGGGAGCAGUAAAAAUGCAGUGAAGGCUAAAACCAGAAACUCACUGGAAGCAUCAAACAUGCAUUUUCAAAUGCGGCAAGAUUUUUUUUUCUUUUUUUUCUUUUUUUUUUCAAUAUGUGUUAAAAAAGUCAAGUACCUUGUCAGUCCUCCUUGACACAUCAUCUUUAAGUCUGAUAUAGGAACUUCACAGAUGACAAAACAGCAUUUCUGGAGUUGCAGUGGUGACAGAUUUGUUUUUGUCAAAAUGAUUUACAAAGAUAAUUUAACAAAUGCAAACAAAGCAGAUAAUUUGGCUAACUACAAACAAUUCAAGCUAAUUUUGAUUUCUUAAAGUAUCUUUUAUCAAUAUAAAUAAAAAGAGACAACUGAAAAAACACAAGUGCUCUUCAAAAUAAAUGUUAAAAUAUUCCCAAGUCCUAGGUGGUGUUGUGCUCUUUUAACUUCUUAUUAGUCACUCAGUCCAAAGUGGGAUUCAGCAGGGCAAGGGUGAAAAACAGGCUCAGGAUAUAUACAAAUUUAAGAUAAGUCAUAGCAUUUGUUUGAACUAACUUGAUUGAUGUGUAGCAUUGCAUGAGCCACAGAAAGCUUAGGCAAUCACAGGAGAUGUUUCAGAAUGAAUGCAGUCGAUUUUUCUGGCACAGCCUUUCCUGACACUGUCUUGUUUUCAGCCUCGCACCUGCCCUUGUACAGUUAUGCCACCAGUCUGAUGCUGCAGCAGGUAAAAACAAAUGUCAUUUCCAAAUUCUGUUUGAUCCAGGUCUGACGGAAAACAUUGUUAGUUCAUUUGAAACAAAAAUCCAGCAAGCUGAUAAUUGAUUUAAUCGUCAAACUGCAGGAAGAGAGCCAGAGAUACUGUUUAGAUAGGAAUUGAGAAGCAUAGGUAAUAAGCUUUGCUCUGACUGUCCUCGUCCAACCCAGUGGUGGAAACCAGGAUUUUUCUGUGUUUCCAAGAUUCACCUGCAUGAAUCUGUAUCUCACUGCUUCCAUUCGCUUUAUCAUUCUCCCAGUGUCUGCUCUAAAUUCAGUGAGCGCUGUCUAAGCCGGCUGCAGAGCAUGGCUGUCCAACCUUUACAGCUCAAAGGGCAACGAUGUAACACGGCUCUCGGCCUGUGGGGGAUUUGCUAAUUUGCAGCAAAGGGAGUAGCUGGAUUAAUGUAUUUUUUGUUAAAAACAUGGUUAACAAAAAUACACUGCACUCUUUCUUUUAACAAGGAGGAUACUACGGUACUCUGUAAUCUGACUGAUAGCACCUCAUGUUGGUGCAGCAUGAUCAAGGACAUGUAUCUGGAUACUAAUUAACAAUUUAAAUGCACAAAGUCAUUUUCCAUCUUAGUAAGCCCUCAUGAAUAUACUUGGCAUGAGUUUCGAUAAUGUAAUCCCACUGAAAUCAGAACCACUAUGGUUUUAAAAAUGAUCUCCUGUGGCCCAUUUUUGUCCAGCUGGGCAGCUGCCUGUGUUUUCUUCUCUCUUUAUCAUUAUUAUUGUGAUUAUUUUGAUUUAUUUUUUCAGCUCCCUGGUGUUUUCUACUGUCUACAGAUAAAGUAAUUACAAAAAGCAUACUUCAUACACUUACUGCACUAUUAAAAGCACUUGCUUCUCUUAA